AUGUUAAGCUUGUGGUUGGUGUGCACGUUUGUUGUGUGCCCCUUUGUGGUAUGGGGUGUGCACGGGCAAUACGAGUGGAUACUAGAUGCUCGAUUCGACAAUGAGCCGAUAUUUUUCUUGAACCACACGAUCAGUGGGACGCCUACAAAUUGUUGUGAUGAGUGCGAAACACAAGUACCUACGGCGGAGGUGGUGGCAUGUGUGUCGAAGUAUGCAGGACGACGGGAUUGCGAAUGUCGUUUGGACUACGAAUUGAUGACGAAUAAAUUCUACAUGUGCGAUGACACAUGGGAAGAUAUGUGGCGAUGGGAUGGUAACAGUUUUUUGACGAAUGGCCCAUUUGACGAGAUCGAGGUGGACUUCUUGAAGUUCAGUUUAGUACAGCCAUGGACCAGUUUCGAGACGAUGCUUUGGCCUUACGUUUGGCGUGUUGAUGAGGAAGAUCCAUGUGGAAAGCCGUUUGAGGAUCGCGCACUCACCCUCAUUGAUAGCCGCUUUGACAUGACCCAGUUCAGCUAUAUCCUCACCUUCAACUCCACGGUCACUCUGCCUCGAGCCUGGACAUUUACGGCCGAAGUUCCUGCUGAUGCGGACUGCUACUUCCUCUUCAAAGAUCUCACCACCCAUGGACACAUGAUACGCGGUCUCAAUCCCACACCCAGUCCCACUGUCACACCCUUCGACUUCAAUCACACUCACACCGCACCUCAAGAAGACCAGGAAACCGUCUCUAACGCCGGACACACCACCCCCGUUUCCACCGCUGCACCCAGCGACGAACCCAGACUAAGAGCCCUCCAGCUCACUCAAGGUGCGCCCAACACCAGCGUUGGAGCCACAACACGGGAAACCGCCAGCCUGCUUGUAUUCACAGGACUACUGUGCUUUUUUGGGAACUAG